UCUGUCGCCUUCGUGCGUUACAUUCGUUCUUCUCUUGAUCUGCUCUAGUAACUUUUAUACACUUAAAGUGUACAGUAUGUAAGGAACGGAUGUGCUAAUCUCUGGAUCUUUAGACAGUAACUGAGACACCCUGCUCUCCACACUGUCCCUUCUGUCACGCUGUCUGCUCUCAGCCCCGGAGAUCCUGAGGAAAGAUGACUUUCUACGAUGGCAUUUACCCAUUCUACCCCCUACAAAGAACCUCCUUUAUCUUCAGCACCCACCUCCUCACCAUUAUCCUGGUCUUCCUGGUCCUCACGGUCAGCUUCCUUCUUAUUCUGCCAGGUAUCAGAGGCAAGUCGAGACUUUUCUGGAUGCUCAGAAUCAUCAUCAGUUUAUUCAUAGGCAUUGUGAUAGUGGCACUGAAUUUCACCAGUGACUGGGCUGAGGCCAGAACCACCACCAACACCACCUACAAGUCCUUCAGCAGCGAGGAGGUGAACGCUGAACUGGGACUGCACAUAGGACUGUAUGGUAUUAACAUUACUUUAAAAGGGAAUCCUGUGAAUCAACUCAACGAGACCAUCAACUACAACGAGAUGUUUGCGUGGAAAGACACCAUCGAUGAGGAGUACGGGGAGGCCUUAGAGAGAGGUCUACCUAACCCCAUCCUCUAUAUCGCUGAGAAGUUUACCCUCAACAACCCAUGUGGCCUCAUCUACCAGUAUAGAUACUCUGGGCGCUAUGCCUCGGCCACCCUCUGGACAGCGUUCUGCUGCUGGCUGGUAGCCAACGUGCUGUUCUCCAUGCCUGUCAUCCUGUACGCCGGCUACAUGAUGGUGGCCACCGCCGCUUUCAUCUUCUUCUCCAUGGCCUCCUUCUCCACCAUCAUGAACCUGCCUACCUGUCUGUUCACCAUAGGCACCUCUGAAGCCUUCCAGACAGAGUACAGCGGUUCUUUCUGGCUGGCGCUGGCCACAGGUGUGCUGUGUUUAAUCAUUGGAGUCCUGGUGGUUCUGUUGGACUGUCUGAUCCCUGGGAAGAUACGAGAGGCCUUCAGUGUCGGGGUGGACAACGACGAAGAUGAGGAUGUUUAUUUUGGAGAGGGAUACCUGAACUCCAACUUCCUGGCAGGAGUAACCACCACACCUUUGACAACCUUAGUACUUCCUACAGAUGAAAUUCGGAAUGUCAGCCGCCAACCAUCACUCCAGGAGCUGUCAGUCAGAAUGUAACGGAGUCGGAUUUAUAACCUCCUAUCCCCUGCUUGAAAUGUCUCCACCCGCGCUAUCGAAUCGCUAGCUUUUUGGCAGCGUAGUUGGCUAAGACGUUGUCAAGGAGGGGGGUCAAGUGUGUUUGCGGGUCAGAGGUCCCAGGUUCUAGGUGUGAGCUGGAUGGGGAGGAAGUGGUAUGGUUAAGCUAGCACGGUGAUGGAGGAAGUGGUAUGGCUACGCUAGCAUGGUGAGGGAGGAAGUGGUAUGGCUACGCUAGCACAGUGAGCUAGGAAGUGGUAUGGCUAAGCUAGCACGGUGAGGGAGGAAGUGGUAUGGCUAAGCUAGCAUGGUGAGGGAGUGGUAUGGAUUCGCUAGCACGGUGAGCUAGGAAGUGGUAUGGCUGAGCUAGCACGGUGAGAGAGGAAGUGGUAUUGCUAAGCUAGCACGGUGAGCUAGGAAGUGGUAUGGCUAAGCUAGCACGGUGAGCUAGGAAGUGGUAUGGCUAAGCUAGCGGUGAGGGAGGAAGUGGUAUGGCUAAGCUAGCACGGUGAGGAAGUGGUAUGGCUAAGCUAGCACAGUGAGGAAAAGGUAUGGCUAAGCUAGCACGGUGAGGGAGGCUAGCACUAUCACAUGCACAGUGACAUCCGUGUCUGUCACGUCAAACAAUAUUAUCUCAACUUGAAAAUCAAUUAUCAUUGCAGUUACCAAGAAAAAUGUGUUUAACUUUGUGAAUUAGUUGUGAAUAUCUCUGGGAGUCCUUUAGACCUACUGUACAAUAUAUUUAGUUAUAUAAAUCAUGUAUAUACGUAUAAUGUGUUAAUGCCAUAAUUGGUUAAUAUGUACUAUAUAAGUGUUGUAUCUGUGCCAUUUGUCAUGUUCCAAUAGUGUAACAAAAAUUAAACAAACGUGUGAGAUUCACAUACUUCCUUUUAAUGGACA